GAGAGAGAGGCAGAUCCGAUCGGACGUCGGCUUCGCUCAUGGAAAGGGGGGAAAAGCUACGCAACAACGCAACGAGAAACAGGAGAGAAAACCGCCAAAGGAAAUGCGUCAAUGUGCUGAGGUUUCCCAGCUCCCUAAAAAUGUGUGAAAAGCGUCUAGACGCGGUCCCUGCAGUCUGCAGAAGCGUGGAACUCCCGCGCGGAUCGUUUGCUUGUCGCUUGCGCCUUAUUUUUUGAGGAAGGAAAGGGAGGUUUUCCUCCUGUUUUCUCUGCUCUCCGCGAAUGGAGCACUCCCUGCGUUCCACCCACCCAAACCGGCAUUUUCUCCAGUUUCCUCGCCGAGUUCUGAGAGACUCGCGCGAGGCGCCUCUCGAGGCCUCUGUGCGAUGGAGACGAACUCGACUGAGAAGGCAAACAAGCCACCCAGCCAGGGGAGAAAGCGGGGGACGGUUUGAAGGAGAACCGGAGAGGCAUCAGGUGGAGCCGAACGCGAGAGGAGAGAGGAGCUGCGACGGAUAAAUCGACAAGGAGAAAUGCUCGGGAAACCGCGACACAGAAAAUCCAAAAGGGAGACGAAGAAGCGACACACAACCGGAAGUCGUCGAGAAGUCGAAGUCGCUUUUUCUGCUGAAACGGCUCCUCCACGCGGGGGUGGUUUCGUCACAGGCUUCGCUGCUGGAAAAAGGAGGACUCUCGAUACGCAUAUGUGUACGAAAGAAAGAAGUCGAGAGCCGAGACUUCCUCUCAGAGGAGGAAAGCUGCGUUGUCGACCAGUCGUCGUUUCGCCCCCUUUAUCCGCUGUUCCUGCCAACUCCUCGUCGGUUUUUCUUUGCUCUUCCCUUUCUUCUAGCGCAGUUCCCUUUCGUGACACUGCGUUCUCUCACUCGCGCGGUCUCUCCUUCACCCUCUUCCUUGUCCUCAAAUCUUCGACUCUGUGCUCCUGGCUUCUGCGCUUUCCUCUCCAAGGCCCCGCGAGCGACCUACCGUCGCGCCGCUUUUUUCUGUGUGUUCUUCGCCUCUCGCUUCUUCUUGCCUUGCAGGCAAAACGAGGUCUUGUUUUUUUUUCUGCGUCCUCUUCUUCCUGAGCCUCUCCAGCUGCCGUGUCGUCCCUCGUCCUCGAUGGCCUUCUCUCCCCACAAUGACCCGUCAGAGACGCCGGCAUCCUUCUUCCUCUCCUUCCUCCUCUCCAUCUUCCUCUGCGUCGUCAUCCUUCUCUUCUUCUUCUGUCUUUUCCUCUACCUCCCCUUCGUCGUCUCCUCGUCGUUCCCCCUCCACGCCGGCGCGGCGUCUCGGCGCUGGGGCUCCACGCAAGACUCAAAAUCCGUACAGCAACAGAAACCGAGUCUGUCCACUUCAUUCGCUCUUCCUCGAAGACUAUGAAGCUGGACGCGGCGCUGGAGCCUCUGACGGCGACAACCCACGAAGAGGCAGACUGCGCCAGAGCACACGAUUCGGCGCGACAUCUGUCGCAUGCAGUUGCGCGGUUGGAGUGCCGCCGAAUGAACUCACCCGCCGCCGGUCUUCUCGUCUCGCUUCCCAGCAUACCUUCUCUGCCUCUCCACCCUCUCAUCCUGCUGUCUCUCAUCCUGCUGUCUCUCAUCCUGCUGUCUCUUGUGGUCUCAUUCCUUCACAUGCGCUUGCGUCUCUGUCUGGGCGGCGCCGCUCUUCUCCGUCCCCCCAGCGCUGUCAGGUGCGUUCUCUCUCGUCUGCCUCGAGUUCUCAGCUCACGCGGAAGAAGUCGGGGAGGGGACUGACGACUCAGGAGACAGCGCCGCGCGCGGCCGCCGGCAGCCGAAACGCAGCUGGGCGCCACGGCGAAGCCGGUGAAGCCUCAGACGUCGCGGACGAGAGACUGGCAGAGGCGGGCAGGAGCCGUGUGCGGGGCCGCAACUGUCUCCGAAGAAACGAGACCGUCCCACGAGGAGAGCAAGGGGAGCGCAGAAAGAAAGCGAGAUCGCUGCGUACCUGUGCGGCAGCCUCCGUAUUUCAGCGGUUUUCGCUGGCGCAGGCAGCAUGCAUCACCGCCGGAGUGGGAAAUGCGAAGGAAGGCGUGAGGCCUUGGACGGACCUAGGACCAGGAGGCGACGACUCUCCGCGCCUGUCGGCGGCUCGUCGAGGUCGUGGAGACGCAUGGGGACGGAGGAGAGGCUCCGCCUCCGUGCGAACUCCCAGACGUCAAAGCCGGAGACCUGACCAAGGAAAACUCGGACGCGACGCGCAGCGAGCACAAGCGAGGAGUCCAGGCACACGCUCCCCUGAAGACUGCAGCAGAGACGAAGCGGGCGAGUGGCGCGAAGACGGAGAGCAUGCAGAAGACGUCGCGAGAAGGGAGAAGAGAUCGCGGGACCUUCUUUCGACAGAGACGACGCACGGUCGAGUGCAUGUCCUCAAGGAGUGUCACUAUUACGAAGCUCUGGAGUCCUCGUCGUCGGGGGACGAGAGCCGACGCUGGCGAGGCUCCAGAACUUCGAGGGAAAACCACAAAGUCGCUUCAGAGAAGCGGAUCUCGCACCCAGCUCUCUUGUCGCCUUCCUGCGUUUCGGGUGCUUCGCGAGUGGGCCAAAUCGCCGGCGCCGCAUGUCGACGAGGCAUGCGGCUGGUGCAGCUCUCCCGGCGAGCUCGUAGGUGGAUGACCCGCAAGUGGCGAGUGGUUCGCGACGCAUGCCACAGUCGAGCGCUGCUUCAGCACUACAGUACAUUCGGCCCCAGUUUCGCUUUUCGCCUUCGCGACGUGAUCGCAGAGUUCGCAGCGCGAGAGGCUGGGGGAGACGCGGCGCCGGGGCGGAGCUCUCGAUUCGACCCUGUCUCCUCUACGAUCUCCGCAGUCGACGUGUGGGGUGCCAGCCUGUCUCCUCCGGUGGGGGAAGUGGAGUGUGCGCCUCGACUCUGCCUAGGGACCAACACCGGCAGGUUGUUUCUUCUCGAGCUUCUGCCGUCGCUCCGAUCUGAAGGGAUCCGCACUCGUGAUAGGCGCGACGCGAGGUACAGGCGAGAUGCGAGAGACAGGCAAAAAACCGAGGCCUCGAAGCGCGGCCGUGCUUCAGGAGGAGAGUCGGGGGCCGAUGACGCCGUCGCAGGCGAAGCCGACAGCGAAGACGCGAGAGCCUGCCCGAGUUGCCCCAAGGCACAUCGACAGCAUGCGACGUUCGAUUCGCCGCGGGAGUGCGUAUGUGGACGCGAGAAAGUUCGCUCAGUUCCGCAGAUGUCGACGAUGUGGGUGCACACGAACCUCGUCACGGGUGUUCGGUUCCUCGACCCUCGCGUCGAUGUCUCUUCGCUGUACCACGGUGCUGCCUGCGAGUCUCCGCAUGCGGCUCCUGCGAGCCCCAGCGAAGUCUGCGACAGGUGGCGCGAGGACUUGCCGGCGCUCUCGUCUCUCUUCGUCGCCUCAACGUCGCUUUCUGGCGUCUGCCGAAUCAGUGACUGGACGAAAGAAGUUCCGAACCUCACAUCUGUGCAACAUAACGCCCCUCUGACUGCCCUCGCAGUUGGAGUUUCGCUCGCUUCGUUUCAGUCUCCCUCGCCUCUGGUGUACGUGGGCGACGACCGCGGCGAGAUGUUGUUCUGGGAUUGUCGAGAACGCCCGCGACUCCACUCUCUCGCGCGGCAAGCCUUUCUCGUUCCCUUCCUUCCGGGCGUCGAUCCCCCCUCCGAGGUGCAGCGCGUCGUUCCUCUCCCUAGAGAGUGCACGGUCGUUCCUGCGAACUCUGCAGUGGCGGAAGGCUUCUCCCGGCGAUCUGUGGCUGGACAUGUCACGGACGCGUUUCUGCGGCAGGUCCCUUCCUACGCGCCUGAGAUCGUAGCCGAACUCGCGGCGCCGCGGCCUAGGCGCCCGCGUGAAGCCUGCGCUCUCUUUUAUAACUGGACGGCGUCAGCGAGGUUUCCAGGCGAAGUCAAGAGCUUAUCUGUCCACCCAGACAACCCUCACGUCGUUGCUGCGUCUCACAAGGAAGGCAUGCUCGUCGUAUGGGACAUGCGCAGGGGAUUCAGCGAUGUCGAUCCGCUCCUCACCCUCAAUCCCCGCCUCGAGUUCCAGUGCUCCUUUUCCGUGGACGGUCGCCGCGUCUUGUGCAGCGGGCCGGAGAACUUCGCGUACUUCGUGGAGAAUCUGUGGAGUGCUGGCGAUCAGCUCCUGCGUGUCAGUGACAUCUGCUACAACCUCACGGCGCCAAACCAUAAUUACAACAUGGCGUCCCCGCCCUACAUGCGCCUGCUGCCCCAAGCGGAAAAAUUUCUCCCCGAGUCCCCAGACGCAGGCAACUGUUGCAGGCGGAGCGCCGCUUCCUCGUCUGCCUCUGCGUUGUCGCCUGCCGCCUCUGCCUCUGGGGGGUCUGUGGGCGACACGACGCCGUUCGGAAGGCGUUCAUGGCCUGGCGGCGAAAGCGAUGGAAGCUGGCAGUUGGAGACAGCAGAUGAUGCGCACUCGGCGUCGUAUCCCAGUCGCCUGUCCAGGAAUCUCUCUUCUUCUGCCGACGAAGAGACGGAUGCGUCGCUCCUACGGGCCAGACAGCCCUCCACUCAACCUCUCUUUUGGAUGUCUCUUGCUGGGUUGUGGCCUUGGACGACCCCCUCCAAGGAAGCAAACGACGCCAAUGACCCUCCACUUCCGGUGUCGCUUCCAGGUUCGGAGCAGACGCGUCGGCUCGACACGAAGGCUCGCCUGCAACGACCUGGUGUUCAGCCUCAUCGAGUGCCCUGCACUUCGAGUGCAGCCGAGGCUUGUCUGGGGACCUCCCGGACCGUUUUGGAGAACUGCAGGGCAUUGUUUCGCGAAGCGACGCAGGGCGCGAAGGACGAGUGGAAAGCUGAUUUCGAGGACGGCGACCCGGUCCGCCUCUGCUCAGGAGUGGAUGAUGACUCCAGCGCCUACCCUCCAGACUGCAGGGCUACUUGGCAUCCGACCUGCAGCCGAGUCUUCGCGGCCAUCAAUCGUAGGGGCUUCGGGAUUUUCGCCGUGGAUGAAUUCUGCCAGCGCAACCGUUGCGAUCCCCGCACCCGUUAUAUCGAGUUCGAAAACCCCCCUGACGCGGAUUUUUCGUUCGUUCAUUUUGUGCCUUUCUAUGAUAUGAUAGUUGCUGCCAGCGACAACGGCAGUGUUUGGAUUUGGACUCCUCAAUGCUGCCAAUCUGAGGCGAGCAGGCGUGACAUAUUUAAGAAGGCAGAUGAGUCAGUCGAACUUUGUCCCUCCCUGUAUUAGGGGUCCUCAGAGACAGUCCAAGAGAGACAAUUACUACGGCAGAUGUGAAGGAUUCACAACCAAUGUGAAAUGCUUGGUUAGCUCUUUCUUCGGUAGUGGGCAGUCGCGUUGCCCCGAACAGGACGCCCGCCUUAGUCGGCUCCUUUUCUGAUUUCUUUCUGACAGUGGAGAAGACCACCGAGGUGUUGCCCAGGAAGUAUCCAGUGUUCAUGUAUAUCCUCAUUCGUUGUUUCUUUUCAGGGAUGGAGGCACUUCUUAUAAAGUCGGGAAUGUUUUCCAUGUAACAGACGAACGCUUUUAAAGCCUCUGUCAGUAC